AUGCAAAUCUUGGUUCAGAGGGGAGCUGAGAGAAAGGUUGCGCUUGUGUCUACAGCGUACGCGCUGGUUUUCAAAGCUGUCAACGAUGGCCAGAAUAGCACAAAGCCACUAUGCGCGAUCGAGCUAACGCCAAAAUCCCAGAUCGGAUCCUCCUACCAAAAAAUGUCCUCACAUGAAGUUCAUGGCUUCAUUGGUCUGAUAGAGCUGGAAGGAUUCAUAUUCAUAUGCACGAUUACAGGCAAGACGAAGGUCGCUCAGCCGAUCCCGGGUGAGACUGUGAAUAAGAUCUAUGCGGUUGACUUCUUCUGUUUGAACGAUUCACAGUGGGACUUCGUAGAGCUAGACUCGAAUGGGUAUCCUGUAACGUCGGAAGACGACUAUAGAGGAGAACAAAGCCCAUCAUAUCCGGGACACCCAUGUCAUGAACUUCGGAAGCUGCUCUCCAAUGGCUCCUUUUACUACAGUUCUAACUUUGACUUGACGUCUAUCCUUCAAAAACGAGGUAUGGGAGCACAUUCCCUAAGCUUCGAUAACUACCAGGAAGAGUAUAUGUGGAACUCGUUUUUGAUGAAGGAGGUCAUUACAUUCAGAAAUAGACUUGACGAUUUGGGAAGGCAGGUAUUGGACGACGAGGGCUUUUUGACUACUGUGAUCCGGGGUUUUGCAGAGACCUUCGUAACUUACAUUAAGCAACUCAAAGUCUCUCUGACCGUGAUAUCCAAACAAAGCUGGAAAAGAGCAGGAACACGUUACAACGCACGAGGAGUUGACGAUGAGGGCAACGUUGCCAACUUCGUUGAGACAGAGCUCCUAAUGUUUUCAAAAGAAUACUGUUAUGCGUUCACUCAGAUUAGGGGCAGUAUUCCUAUAUUCUGGGAGCAGGACACAGCUCUGAUUAAUCCAAAGGUUCAGAUUACGAGGUCUGUCGAGGCCACCCAACCAGUAUUUGAUGACCAUUUCACCAGACUCAUUGAUAAAUACGGCCCAGUUCACGUAGUGAACCUACUGUCCACAAAAUCUAGUGAGGUCGAGCUUUCAGCGCGGUACAAGCAACAUGUUGCGAGGUCAAAGCUCCAUACCCUAAACAAAGACAUUUUUUUCACAGACUUUGACUUCCACAAAGAAACUUCCCAGGAAGGUUUUGCUGCAGCUGCCCGUAUUAAGCCUCUAAUCACCCAGUCAUUGUUAGAAAGCGGUUACUUUUCAUAUGAUGUCAGGGAGCGUAAAGUCCUUUCUGAGCAGCAUGGGAUUUUCAGAACGAACUGUCUCGAUUGCCUUGACAGGACAAACUUGAUACAGCAGUUCAUUUCUAGAUAUGCAUUUGCAUUGUUCCUCAACGACUUCCAUCUGAUGUCCACCGCGAGAGGGACAGCAUUCACUGAUAGUGAUCUUUUUAUCAAACACAACACCUUGUGGGCAGAUCACGGUGACCAAAUUUCUCAAAUUUACACUGGUACAAAUGCGUUGAAGUCUUCAUUCUCCCGUAAGGGUAAAAUGUCUUUCGCAGGCGUUUUAUCUGACGCCACCAAAUCCGUAAGUCGGAUGUAUAUCAACAACUUUAUGGACAAAAACAAACAAGCGAAUAUUGAUACAUUGCUUGGCAGGUUGUCCCACCAGCAAGCUGUUUCUCUGUACGACCCUAUUAACGAAUACGUCACCACUCAGCUCACCAAGUCGUCUGAUCAGUUCACCAGCUCUUCUUCUAUCAAUAUAUUCGUGGGAACAUAUAACGUUAAUGGGUUGACUAGAAGAGUGGACAUAUCAAAAUGGCUCUUUCCUAUUGGCGACAAGUUCAAACCAGAUGUUGUCGUGUUGGGAAUGCAAGAGAUUAUUGAACUCAGCGCAGGUUCUAUUCUGAAUGCUGAUUACUCCAAGAGUCCUUUUUGGCAAAAUAUCGUGAAUGAAUGCUUAAACCAGUAUAAUGACAAAUAUCUGCUUUUGAGAGCAGAGCAAAUGUCUUCGCUUUUAAUAUUGUUCUUUGUCAAGUCGGACAAGAUCAACAAUGUUAAACAAGUUGAAGGAUCUUCUAAAAAGACCGGUUUGGGCGGCAUGACAGGUAACAAGGGUGCGGUCUCCAUCAGAUUUGAUUACGGAAGUACAUCCUUCUGCUUCGUGAACGCCCAUUUGGCAGCCGGUGUCAGUAACGUGGAUGAGCGACGCCAUGAUUACGAGAGCAUUACAAAAGGCAUCUGUUUUACACGGUCGCGGCAAAUCUCACAUCAUGAUGCUAUCUUCUGGCUAGGAGAUCUCAAUUAUAGACUCUCUCUUCCUAAUGAGGAAGUGAGGCGAGAAAUAAGCGACCAAAAAGACAACUUUCCAGAAUCGCUGUUAAUGCAUGACCAACUUACUCAGGAGAUCAACGCAGGUGUUGUUUUCAAGGAUUUCAAGGAACCUACAGUCAAGUUUCCACCGACAUAUAAAUAUGAUCAUGGAACUAACAACUAUGAUACGUCCGAAAAGGCCCGGACACCUUCGUGGACUGACAGGAUAGUUUACAAGGGAAACAAUUUGAGGCCGUUAGCCUACUCAGAUUCCCAGCUAAUAGCUAGCGACCACAAGCCAGUAUAUGCAGCCUACAGGGCGCAAGUCAACUUCGUGGACGAAACUGUGAAGAUGGAUUUGACUAAAAAGCUUUAUAUGCAAUACAAAGAGAGUCAUCCAGAGGAAUACAACAACACAACAGUGGCUCUUGUAGAUAUUGACUACGAGAAAAAGAACGGCCAUGGUGCUAAAAGCUCUUCUACUCAAUUGUUCGCAGAAUCUGACAUAAGCUUGGUCGACCUUGAUGAGAACAGAGCUGAUGUCGGUUCAAUCACCCGCUCUUCUUCAAUCUCUUCGUCUUCUGAAAUGUCGUCUUUGAAUUCUGGCACUCUUAAUCCCGUAAGAAAAGAAGCGCCAUCAAGAUCUACGACAUCGUUGGGACGAGCUCGCGUCCCUCCUCCUCCGCCACCUGCUCCUCGCCAAAACUCAAUGGCUUCGCAGUUCUCAUCCGCUUCGAACUUGCAAGCAAAAGCGGAACCUGUCAACGCUGAAACUACCAGCACCGCUUCUGUUGUUGCUCCUCCUCCACCUCCUGCUAGGAAAACAACCUUCCCUCCCGGCUAUAGUAGUUCUAUUUUGACUCCAAAGAAUGCAAGUGCUGCUGGAUCGAAGUUGACCUCGCCGGAACCUUCAGUGAGUUCUGCUCCAGUACCAGAUGCAUCUUCAACACAAAACUCUAAAACGGAUGAGCAUGCAGCUGUUAGCGAGGCGCCUAUCAACAAGCCGUCGAGAAUUCCGCCACCACGCCCAGCAAAAAAGCCAACCCUAGAUAAUCUCAACAUGGACUCCUGGAAGCCGCUUACUCCGAAAUGA